AUCCAAUUCACAUAAAUAAAAAAAUUGGAUCAAUCAAAAUCCCUUUCACCUGUUUUUUCACGUUCCUAGCAUAAAUAAUUCAUCAUCAUCAUCGUAUUCAUUUUGUCCAUUUGCUUGUUUCAAUUCUAUUCACCACUCGAUGCUUUUGAUAAAAAUAAUUUCUAAAAGACAUUAAAACAUAAUAAAUUUGAAAUUAAAGAAACGGUAUUCCAAAAUCGAUUUGAAUAAUUGGAGUGGUGGACUGAUAAUCAAAAUUAUUCACAGUGCUCCAACCCCCUUUGUUUGAGUAGCUUCUACGCUUAUUGAAGAUCAGAUGCAAACAUCGCACGAAAUUAGCAGCGCAGUUGCCGAUGACGACGACAGGAAUGCUUCAGAGGUUGAUACCAAUGAGAAGGAAUCCUCCACAAAUGAAGUAAAAAGUUAUGGAAAAAGCACUCGUUUUUCAGAUUUGUCCCUGAACAUACCUCCAAGACACGCACAUUUUAGCAGUAAUCGGCGUGAAAAAGCUUCACUCCAGUCUCCUGGUAUCUCCUCCAAUGGCACUUCAUCUUCAUCUUCAAGGGGGAUUUUUCGAGGUUUAAGCUUUAAAAAGAAGGAUCACGUUCCUCAUAAUGGUGAAAGUAGCUCUCUUCUUCCUUCCGACGCAAACGCACCACCACCUGUAAGCCCUCUUGUCUCCAACACCAACUCCAAUUUACACUGGAAACGAUGCACAUCUCUUCCAGUCAAACACGCAUCAUCAAACCCUUCCCCUUCAGCCACCACCCCCGUUUCCGCAAGAACAUACAGCGAACAACAGAAAUCACAGAUUGGGGCGAUUCAAGCGACGGUUUCAAGGUCGCUCUCUGUACCUGGGCGAAACAUUGUUAUCGUAAGAUCAAUUUCUUUUGCAGCACGUAAGGAUAAUGAUCAAGCCGACAGUGCUAAUGAUCAAAUCUGUUCUGUGGAAGUGGAGAACGAUGAAGAGAUUGAUGAGGAAGAAGCGAUUUGCAGAAUCUGCUUUGAUUCAUGUGAUGAAGGUAAUCAACUGAAGAUGGAAUGCAGUUGCAAAGGUGCGCUUAGACUUGUUCAUGAAGAAUGUGCAGUUAAAUGGUUCAGUGUUAAAGGGAACAAAAACUGUGAUGUUUGUGGACGUGAAGUCUCAAAUUUACCAGUAACUUUGCUUCGUAUGCCAAGUUAUGUUCAAAGACAAACCAUGAAUAUGAAUCCACAACAUCAACAGCAUCUGAAUUCAGGAACAAUAAGUGCAUGGCAGGAUUUUGUGGUGCUAGUUUUGAUAAGUACAAUAUGCUACUUCUUCUUCCUGGAGCAGCUUCUUAUUCGUGACCUGAAAACUCAAGCUAUUGUGAUUGCUGCGCCAUUCUCAUUUACAUUUGGCAUUCUGUCAUCUACAUUUUCGGUUAUUCUUGCAAUCAGGGAGUAUAUUUGGACUUAUGCAGCUCUUGAAUUUGCACUUGUAGCUAUGAUUCUGCACUUGUUUUAUUCAUGGCUUGAGUUGAAGGCAAUCUAUGCGGUAAUGUUGUCAGGGAUUUUGGGGUUUGGAGUAGCGAUGACUCUGAAUGCUUUGUAUAUUCGCUACUUUGUUUGGCGAGUUCAAAUUCUUCUUUGCAUAUACUUUAUUCAAAUUAUAACCCACUUGAAUUCAAAUAUACAACCUUUCCGACUCUUAAAAGAAUGCUCAGACAAUGUCGAGAUGACUUUCAUUCAGAGUGCCAUUGCCAAAGGAGCUGUUUGUUUAGAUGGAAGUCCACCCGCAUAUCAGUUUGAUAAAGGAUUCGGAGAAGGUGUUGAUAAGUGGUUAAUUCACAUACAGGGAGGAGGAUGGUGUGAGUCGACAAAAAGUUGUUUAUUACGCGUGAACAUGAGUAAUGGUGUGGGUUCAUCAACACGUAUGCAAAAGUUCAAUUUCACAGGAGUUUUUAGCAGUAAGCAAGAGUUUAAUCCAGGGUUCUACAACUGGAAUAGAGUCAUCAUGAGGUACUGUGAUGGAGCAUCUUUUACCGGGGAUGUCGAAAAAGUUGACCCCGCUACUAAUCUUCAUUAUAGAGGUGCAAGGAUCUUCAAUGUUAUUCUGGAGGAGCUGCUAGGAAAAGGACUCAAUAAAGCAUCAAGUGCACUUCUAACCGGUUGUUCUUCUGGUGGGUUAGCGUCAAUAUUGUAUUGUGACAAGUUUCGAGCCAUGUUGCCACCAACUUCUCAAGUCAAAUGUGCUCCUGAUGCCGGUUACUUUGUUCAUGUGAAGGACAUUUCUGGAAAAUACCACUUUCAGAAGUUCUUCACUAAGAUCGUUAAACUACAUAAUUCAAAGAUAAAUCUUCCUUCUUCAUGUACUUCAAAGAUGAAGCCUGGCUUGUGCUUCUACCCACAAUUUAUUUUGCCAGAAAUCAAGACACCCUUGUUUGUCAUAAACACUGCUUACGAUGCAUAUCAGGUACAAAACAUCUUAGCACCAAAAAAGGCUGAUCACCAUGAUUCAUGGUCUGCAUGCAAGUCAAACAUAUCAAACUGCUCAUCCACCCAACUCCAAAGAUUGCAAGAUUUUAGGUCAGAUUUCAUAAAGACAUUGAUGUCAGGAAUGGGUAAAUCCAGAUUCAACUCCACAUCAAGAGGAUUGUUCAUCAAUUCUUGUUAUUCACACUGCCAAUCAGGAAAUCAGAUAAACUGGCUUGGAGAUGCUGCUUCAAAGUUGGAUAACAAGGCUAUUGCUGAAGUAGUUAGUGACUGGUUUUAUGAAAGAAACACAACUCAAUUGAUCAAUCACCAGCAUACAUUGCCUCAACAGUGUUGA